AUGUUACGCCCUGCGACGCCGCUGUCGCUGCUGCUGUUCGCGGCCUUCGCCCUGCUUUUACUCUCGAUUCUUUCCACCCCCAUCAUCAAGGCCAUCCCACUCGGCAGCUGGGAAGGAGUCGACUUCGGCGUUUUCGGCUACUGCGAUAAGAAUGGCUGCACUCCAAUUGAGGUUGGCUACGAUGUCCGGUCCCUCAACUCCGGCGACUUCGACCUCCCCUCCUCGACCCGUUUCACUCUCUCGAGUCUUCUCAUUGUUCACCCGGUCGCCGCAUUCAUAACCCUCGUCAUGUUCGUCCUCGCCAUCAUCGCUCAUUUCCGCAGCCCAUCCCACUCGGCCAGGUACUUGUUGGUGCUGUUCAUCGUUGGCAUGGUCAACUUCCUCGUGUGCCUCUUGAGCUUCCUCAUCGAUGUCCUGCUCUUUGUGCCCCACUUGGCCUGGGGCUCGUACGUCGUCCUUGCCGCUACCAUCCUGGUUGCUCUAAGCGGCUUGGUGUCGUGCGCCAUGCGCAGGACAAUUGUGGGCAGGAAGGCAAGGCAGAAGCGUAUCGCCGAGAACGCGGAGAUGAGCGGCGAAAACUACUACAAUCGCGUAGCCCAGCAGACCACCGCUCCCGUAGCCACUUCAGCCGUCCUCCAACCUACAGUGCCGAUGGUUAGCGGUGCCAACGGCGGUGCAGACACGCUGCCGGAAUUCGCUUCGUUUGAGAAGAACGACCAAAGCAGUGAUGAGCGGAUUCCCCUCACAGCAACUAGGAGCCCGUCAACAAGAUCACCAGGCACCUUCGGGACUGACCCUACAGCUACAUACGUAAAUGACGCAAGCAGCCCGACCGACAUGGCACCCAUGCGCUCCAUGUCCACGUCGCCCGGUGCUCGUGAUCGAUACGGAAAUCCCAUGCCGGCCGAGGGAGGAUACCCCUUGAGGGCACCUUCGAUAGAGAGGAUUGGCUCGCCAGGAAGGGGCGGCAUGCCUCCUCAAGGUGGCUUUCGCGGACGUGGUGGGUAUCCUGGCCCUGGCAGGGGCGGUUAUGGCGGGUACGGACCGCCACCUGGAGGCCGCGGAGGCUAUGGCCCGCCAGGCCGUGGAGGUUACGGACCGCCAGGGGGCAGAGGAGGCUAUGGCCCCCCUCCGCGUGGUUACGGAGGCCCUAUGCGGGGCGGACGAACGCCGCCUCCGCCCAGCUACCAAGGCGCGUAUGACAGAAGGCCAUCGCCUGCUGGACCGUACGGCCCGAAUCCUCAUGGCGCCAGGCGACCGUCUCCCGGUCCGCCUGGUCCCGGGUACCUGAAUCACUCGAUGUCCAACGUCUCCUCAGUCAGUGGCUAUGACGCCUAUAGUGCUAACGGGAAUGAACUUCCACGGGCAGAGUCUCCACCACCCCUGCCAGGCAUUGAUGACGGUGUGCCUCCAGGGCAAGCGGUAGAGAUGGAUGCGUCAACCGGUAGCCCAGCCCAUGCGCCACGCGCUUUUGGCCAGUUCAACAUCCGGGACAGUGAUUCAGAUGUUGCCGGCAUGUUGGCGCUGCAGCAAGGAAGAGCGCCGGUCGCGGAUCGGCACAUGAGUGAUGCCAGCAGGUAUAGUCAAGAAGAGAGCGCCUACGUGCCACCGAGGCAGGCGUGGAACCAAACCCCAGGCAGGGGCUCGCCCCGUCUACCAUCACCGCUGAACACUGCUGGCCAUCCCGCGGAAUUGCCAUCCCAUGGAAGUCUCCCCCCUCGGCCGUCGGCAGCUCCCGCUGGUGAGUACUACGAAGACGUGGAUCCGCGCUUCGCCGAUUCUCCUCAGGUGCAGAAGCCAACACCAACUCCCAUCAAUACGACUAACUCCUACGAGGAUAUUCGCCAAGGCGGUUCCCGCAGUCCGGCUGAGUCUGAGCGCUCCAAUUUCACCUCGAUCUCCCAACGAGGCGUUAACCCGCGGUGGAACCCGCCCAGGAUGCCGCCUGCCCCGGCUUUAGGAAGCUAUGGAAGCAACUCGAUCCCCAGGCGUCCAGUCAACCGCUCCGACAUGAUCCUCGCCUCCAACCCGGACUUUGAACUUCCCGGCCGGGGCGGUCCAUCCAGGCCAUGA